AUGGUAGGGGAGAGGAGGGUCUGUGUGACUGGCGCGGGGGGCUUCGCCGCCUCAUGGCUUGUGAAGCUUCUCCUCUCCAAGGGGUUCGUCGUCCACAGAAUAGUCCGAGACCCAAGUAUGGAAUCCUCUAUAACCAAACCCCCCCCCUCAACAUCUCGACGACUCCAUCUCUUCCUUCUCUGCGUUCUUGCCGCCUGUCCGAUUCUCGUUGGAUCUUUCUCGGAGCUCUCCCUUGCGUACCUCUGAAAAUUUUGAAAGCUCGCAGUUAGGAGGAUCUGCGCUAGAUUAUAAUUUGUCCCCACCAUUUUAUCCGCAAACAGAGCUUUUGGGUCGACUGAUUCUAGUCUUUUUGGAGAUGAUCACUGUUUUUUCCUACAUGGGGAAGGGUGUGGUUCUUGCGUUGUAGUAACUAGAGAUGAAACCAGUUUACCAGUAUCCAAUCAUUUAUUUACGUGUUUUCAUCUCAAAACCAUUAUUUCACUGGCUCAUAAUUCCAUAACUGUGAACUUUUUUUCUCUGGCCUUUACCAGUUCCCUAGACAAAAGUUUUUCCUUAAGACCGGCUGGCUUCCAGAUUUCUCCUCUAUUCUUCUAAAAUUUUAGUACAACUUAUGAAGUCUGUUAUGGGAAAUCUUCUUGAUGGAUGAAUGAUAGGAUUCAUCCCCCUUGAUGCUGGGCUAAAUUAGAAAAAGACACCAAGAGGUUAACCACCUCUUGUUUAUAAAUGGGGUUCAUGGUUCUUGAGUCACACAUUAUGUCUCUUAGAACAUUUCAUUUCUCUAGAACAAGUCAUUGGACGACUCCCCUACGUUGAUCUAGAAGGUCAUCCUCAUAUUUGCGCCUUUAUGGAUUCAAGUAUGGUUUCAAUUCAUUCUCAUUAUGUUUUGUCAUUCUCUAUCUACAUCAACACAAGAUCAUUUAGAUCUAACAAAGGAUUCCUCAUUUGGACGGGGGAGAGGGGUGGAAAAGUGUGAGAAGUUUUUGAUGAGAACCCCUAAAGAUCUGCCCUCUUGAAGUGGUGAUUGUAUUUGAGGAAUUCCUCUUUCAGGGUCUACCUUGGCCCUUCUCUUGUUAUCACAAGUGCAGGUUCUUUAUGUUUGUCAAAACUAAAGUCCUCUUUCUUUCCCUUAUCAUUUCAUAAUUUCUCUCUUCAUUGAAAUUUGAGAGCUCUCACUUUGAGUUAGGGGUCCCAUCAUAUUAGUAUCAAAAUUGGCUUCUAGGAGACAUGCUUCAGCUUAAACAUCUCUUUUUAAUCUAUUGAGAAACUGAUUUUUGAAGAUUGGAUCAAGAAAUUCAUGAAUUAUUAUAUUUAUGAGCUGAAAAAUUUCACAAUAUUUAAUCAUGAAACCCUAUCAUUUGAUAUUCAUGAAGUAUUGACAAAAUUAACAACGAUUAGUCAUCACUAAAAACACUCCAAUACUUGGUGCUGAAAAUCUUCUUUGACAGUUUCUUGCCUUGUCAUCUAUUUAUACUGUACUACAAUCUUUCCUUUGAGUCUCAUUCUAGUUGUGGUUAGUUUCUUAGUGCUUGUCAAUUGAUGGACACAACAAAUAUAGCUCAGUUUAAGAAACCCAUCUUUUUGGAUUUUCACCACUAAACAUGGGCAUCUGAAGUUUGUAGGAGCCAUGCUUAGAUUAAAAAAAAGUUGUUGUAAGCAAUGAUUGCUUCCAAUAUGCCUUAGUGAUGUGAGUGUGGCCAACCACAUGAGGGUAGAUUGUAUUCUUGACCAAAACAUGGAAUAUAAUGACCAUGAAUAGAUUUGCUGAUGCCUCUUCCCUUGCCUACUUUUUUGUGGAUGUGUGGUUUGCUGAGAGGUGUUUUUGAUAGAGAAGGACUAUGUUGUUGAUAAAAUUCUUUCCUCACCCAUACAAGAAAUUUCAAUUAUUAGGCUGAAGGGUUCAAUGAGGUCAAGUGAAAUAUAAAGAGGGUAAGGGGGGAUGAAUUGAUUUCUUAUGGUUUAUGCUCCAUUCUUUUAUUUUUUUAUGAGUGCAUAUGUUAGCAUGAACACUUACACAACUUCUUUACUAUGCGUACUAAUUUAUUUAAAAUGGUUUCUCUCUCUAUGUGGGUUUCCUCUUGACUCUCUCAUCACCAUUAAGGACAUAAAGUUUUUAGAUUGGCUCACCAUUCUUUAGACUACAUCUAGUCUUAGAGAAUUUUUCAUACCAGAGUUCACUAUUUUCUAUUGAAAAUUCAUGUUGAUUUCUUGGGAUUAUCAGACCAAUCACACAAGUCCAAUCUCUACAAAGAUCAUAACAUUUAGGGCACAAUAAGUCUCUCAAAAUUGUGUGAUUUAGUCAGCACAUACUAGUCUCAUUUGAGACUGCACCCUUCAUAGGACACUAACAAGCUCUUAACACCAUGUGCCUUAACCCAAGCCUCUCUCAACUUACCAUCUUGAUACCAACCCAAAGGAGAGAGAGAGCCUUUGAAGCAAGUGUUGACUUAAAUCAUCACCAUAAAAUGAGAUAUUUGAUAUAGCUUUUUGCUCUAAUAUGAAAUGGACAUCAACUUUACUUUGACAAAAAGAUAUUUUUUCAUUUAGAGUUAUCUUAUUCUUUGUAAUUUCCUUCAAUUCUCCAGCAUCUUUUUGUAUUUUCAUCACUUGAAAAAUGGUCGCAUGAAUUCAAAUGUCUUCUUAUUGCUCUACCAACAUGCUAAUGACCUUUGGUUAUUCUUUCAUUUGAAGCUUGUUAUCUUCACGUUCAUUGUCCUUGAUAUUUUGUUUUGAAAAUUGUUAGUUUAUUAAGAUACAUUGUUAAUUUCAAGGUCAAGUUCAAAUAAUAUUGUUAAUUUUGUUGUUAUCUCUAUAUAUUUUGCUGAUAUGUUAUUGUCCAUAGUGAAUGACAUUGAUUUUCACUUGUUCCUUCAUUUAAAAUAUUCAUUUAAACUUAAAAUAAAUCCUAAAAUACUCAGAAAAAUCCAAAAAUAUCUAAAAAUCAGGAAAAUACUUUGAUCAUAAUUUAUACCUAAAGUGAUUUUUUAAAUAAUUAUUAUACAUGUGAAGUAUAUAAAUAAAUUUACAUGUUAUAGAGAAUAUGAAAAAUUCACAAAAUUAGACAUGUAUUUAGAAUAUUGAUCAUAAAUUAUGCUUUUCCCCCUAUUUUAUGUAUAAUUAAAUGUUAUUUUGUAUCAAAUUAGAUACUGAUUAUCUAAAUUAUGCAAUACUUAAUGUGCAGAAUUUGCAUGUUAUUAGAUGUCUUACUCAAUUAUUUUCUUCACAUAAGACCCUGAUGUUUUCUCAUACAAGAUAUGUGGUGAAGACUUUUUCACUUCCAUGAGGGCUUCAUGCGAACAAAUGCAACUCAGUCGCUGAGUAUGACUAGAGUUUGAGUCUAUUUGAAUCAUUAAUCAUUUGAUGUUCUCCAUAUUUUUGAAUAAGAUUAGCUUUUCAUUAUGUCAAUGUAAAUAUUUUCAUUUUAAUCUUGCAUUUGUCUGUCUUUAUAAUAUUCAAAUGUUCCGGUCGUCAUUUUUUCCAUCUUUACAUAACUUGCAUCCUGAAUUUUAAAGGUAACUUCACAUUUCUAGUAAUGUGGCUUUGUCAUACAUGUUGGCACAUGUUACUCUAUUUUAGUAAUGUGACUCUCUAUUAUUUUGACAUGAAAAAUGUCCUAAGUGUGUAACUCUUAAGAUUUGUUGUUAGUCAUAGAUUAUAUUGAACAACAUCAAUAUCUAUAUAUAUAAUUUGAAUAUUUCUUAAGGAUAUUUACUUAUGAUGUAAACUAUCAUAAAAUAAAUGUUUAAUGAUUUAAUAAAUUCAAUAUAUCAUUCAUAAAUAAAAUUUAUAAUAUAAAUGUUAAAACCAAAGGCCUCAAUAGAGAGUGCAAGGGACACUUAUAUAGAAGUGUUGGGGUACACAUGUUAAUGGGUACACAUAUUGACAUGAGCUUCACAUGCACUUGUGUAAUAGUAGUGUGUGUGGCAAUUGAGGCUGGUACCCCUUAGUAAUAUAUUUCAUGAGUUAUCAGACUUCUAGAGUUCAAAAUUAUUAUAUUAACGUGACUUAAUCAUCGUAUAAUAAAUCCCGUAAAUUUAAAAUUUAUAAAACUAUAAAAUACUAGUUUUCAAAUUUUUAGAAAUAUUUCAGAAAAUAUAAAUCAAUUAUAAUUCACCACAAGGUUCAAAAAAGAGUAGGAAAUUUUUAAGUCAAUCAUAAGAAUGUAAGAUAAUAUCUGAUAAUAUUUCAAAAAGUUUCUCAAAGAAUACAAGUUUUUAUGAUUUUUAAAUUUAAUAAUAAAAAUAAAAUAUAUUUAAAAAUUUACAAAAAAUAAAAAUUUGGGUGCAGACAUCAAGAUAUAUCAUCACUUUGAUGAAAAAAAUUGAGACAAAAAUAGAGUCCACCUCACGAUUCUUUUGUAAGAGAUUACAUAUAAUAUAGUUGAUCAAAUUAAGAUAUGUAGAAAAUAGAAGAAUCAUAAUUUAAUGAAGAAGAAUUUUAAAAUUUGAAAUAACAAAAACUAUCACUUAUUUAAGCAAAAUGAAAUUUAAAAUAGAAAAGACAAAGUUUCAACUUCAUGACAUCAAUUGUCGGAAUUCUAUAUUUGAAAGAAUUAUCAUGUGAUGUCCAUAGUCUCAAAAGCUCUUCUUGUACAUAAACGACUUGGACAAUUUUUAGAUAUUUUUGUAAAGUCUAGAAUUCAAUGGAAUAGGUUGACGAAUCAUCUUCGACGGCUAUUACCUAGCAGAGUGGAAAUACGAUGACUUUCAGAUCUAUGAGGGUUGUCACCUAACAAAGAUAAGCUGAAUGGAGGUAGGGUGCGUCUUAGAGAGUGAUGUGACUUAAUCAUUAUAUAAUAAGUAAUGUAAGUUUAAAAUAUAUAAAACUAGAAAAUACUUCUAUUUAAUUUUUUAGAAAUAUUUCAAAAAAAAUUAAUAUAAUUUGAUAAAAGGUUUCAAAAAUAGUAAGAAAAUUUGAAGUUGAUUAGAGGGAUACAAGAUAAUAUAUGGUAAUAUUUUAUAAGUUUAUUCAAAGAAUUUAAUUUUUUUUCUUAGGGAUCGUCGAGGUCAACGAAUCCAUCGAGUCAGGCAUGUGCACAUGUGGAGGUCCAGCAACGGUCCACGCCAACUCCAAGUCAGAUCUAUUGACUACCAGUGUGGAGGUCCAGAGAUAGUCCAUGCUGACCCCGAGGUCCAUUAAUCCAUUGGAGUGGAUUAUCCACUUAUUUUACAAUAAGUAUUUUUCUAUAGAUGAUUUGUAGGCAAGGGGGGAGACUCUCGAGGUCAACGAUCUCAUCGAGUCAAGCAUGUGCAUGUGUGGAGGUCUGGCAAUGGUCCACACCGACCCCGAGGUCCAUUAUCUAUUGACUGUCAGUGGUGAGGUCUGGGGAUGGUCCAUGUCGACCCCGAGGUCCGUUUAUCCAUUGACUAUUGGUGGAGGUUUGACAACAAUCCACUCCUACCUCGAGUUUGUUGAUUUGUUGGCAUGGAUUAUCCACUUAUUUUACAAUAAGUAUUUUUUCUAUAGAUGAUUUUUGACAAAGAGAAUGAUGUUUCACACCCUCUAUGUAUACUAUUCAUUUUAAAAAAAUUCACAUUAUUAUUUUUAUUUUUAAAAUUCUAAAACAAGUUAUUUAUCUUCAAGUCCAAUGGAUGAGGGUAUAAAAAUCUCUAUUAAACUCAAUGAUCAACCAAAUCUUUAUAUAAAGUAAAUACUAUCUAUUAAGGUCAUGAAAUGUAAAUAGAUAAAAUUAAAUCCAUGUUGUCAAUCCUACUAAAAUCCUACUUAGGUAUUUCAGCAUUUCAUGCUAUUAAAUCAUUCUUCUAACAAAAUAAUAAUCAUCUUAAUCUCUUUGAGUAUCAAUAAAUAUUUUUUGUGUAUGUCUAGGGGAUUGAAAUGUGAGAAAAGAGUCUCUAAAUUUUUAAAAUUUGAACAAUUUUUAAUAUUAUUAUUAUUAUUAGUUUCUGACAGAAAAUCGACAAAUAGAUGCUAUAGUUUUUUUGAAUUUCUUUUUUAGUUACUUUUAUAGGUGAGCAUGAAAAUAAAUGCAAACACAUGUUCUUAAUCAUUCUAAAAUAUGAAUUAAUAGUUCAUACUUCACCCCCAACUUAAAAAUGACAUUGUCUUCAAUGACAUAGAAAAAUCGAAAUAAAAUAUGUAAACAAUAUAAUUUUCAAGUGAAGUAUGUAUAUUUGUAAAUUUAAGUACUAAAAAUACUGUCAUAAAAGGUAAAGUUAAAAAAUACAUCACCUCAACCUCAUUUUUGAUUUUAUACUUCAUCUUACACUCCUCUUGUACUUUUAUUUGAAGAAAUAAACACAAAAAAAAAUAACAUGAAAAUUCUAAAAGAAAUAGAAUUUAAAAAUCAUAACAUAAUUAAUGAAACAAAUUUUAAGUUGCCUCUCAUGUAGUACUGAAUUUAAUGUCUUCAGCUAGACAUCGCUUAGAUCAUAUAAGAUGAUCUAUGGUCAUGAUAUUCUUUUUCAGAUUUAAAUAAAUUCAAGUACUUUAUAUAUUUUUUUCAGAAUUUGGCUGUAGCUUUACUAGUAUCAUAAUUCCUGAAUUUCUACGUGAAUCAAGAUUUUUUUUAUACCUUGAGAUACUUUCAGUCAAAACAAAAUGGAAAUUAAUUUUUUUCCUAAAAUUAAUAUUUUGAUUUUGAAAAUAACUUCUCCUCAUUUUUAUCUUAUUUUUUAAGACUCAUUAAUUAGUAAAUAUUUUAUAUUGAUGCAUCAUAAAAUGUGAUCUAGCUUUAUAAUUUUCAAAUUAUCUUUUACCAAAUCUAAGCAUUUUUCAUCAAAAAUGAUAUAUCUAAUUGCUCCAGUCACCUAUUUCUUAAUAUAUAUUUUUAUCUGCAUAAUCCACCAUUAUUCUAUUUUAAUUUUCCUACAUAUUUAUUCAAUUUGUGAGAGUAAAAUAUUUCAAUCUUAGACUUAAUUCUAAUGAGUUAUUUGUUUAGAAGGAUGGAAUAAUUAUCUACUUUAAUCUCAGAUCUAAUGAAUUCAUUCAAAUUCAAUUUUUCUCUUAUAAAUUAUUUUUUAUUUCACAUUAAUCAUUUUCGUUUCUCAAUUCAUCAAAUUCUUCAUCCUUCUAAGACCUAUCAUCUUCUCAUUUAUGUAUAUGAUAGACAUUAACAUCACCAUUAGCAAAAUCAAUUGUUAUGAAAUAGUAAUUAGAGUUAUUAAUUUCAUCUCUUAUAUCUCACUCAACUGGUUUUUCUUCACUUGAAAUGUAUUUUUUUAAUUUUUGCCUUGGAAUAUGUUGAUGAAAUAAAAUGCCCAUUUAGGAAAUUUAUAGUUGUCUCAUCAUAAUGUAGUGGUUGGCAAUACUUUCAUUAGAUCUUUAGGCUUCAGUCCUGAAAAUCAAUUGAAUACUCUCACAGUCUAUACUAUAAAUGUAAGAAACCAACCCCUUUGGGAAUCCUAGGUUAGCAUAGGAUUGGAAAGUAACUUACCCUAUUGUUCCUUCAAGAUUCCUUAUCAAACCAAGUGUCUUCAUCUAUAAUCUUAUAUCAAACAGGGAAUUUGGGUUCCUAAGGAUAACAUCAAGGGACGAAACCAUGAAAACCCAUCCAAUGUUUACCUCGGGACAUAGUUUGAGCACAUUAAGCUUUCCAUCAACAAUGGGGUGAAUCAUUUCUACCAGCAGCAACAUGAAGAAAGAUUAAAUGAGAGAUCAGGCAGUUUUGAUUCGCUUGAUGACUUUCCUCACUAAAUGAAAAGGUUGGACAUUUCUCCCUAUAUGUAGGGGAAGGUAAGUGGCAUGCAUGAAUGGCUAAGGGGGGCCCUUAGCUCUUUACAUGAUAAUUUGGAGGCAUGAUAAAUGAUUACAUGAAAUGUUAUGGUUUAUUAAUCUUGGUAAUCCUCAUCGAGGUGUAACCUUUUAUGUGAAGGAUAUAUCUAGCAUAUGAAUUCCACAAAACAUCUGAUCGCUAAACAUCAUAUCAAAAUAUGUAAAAAAGAAGUGCAACCAAACCUCCCUUUCAACUGAAAGUUUGCCUUCUCCAAGAUUGCUGACAACCAACCAACAAGGGAGGAGUAGGAAAAGAAAAAUUAUAAGGAAAAUGUUUGAUUGACAUGCAGAACCAUCAACUUGUCAAGGAUGGUUUAAGGGCCUAGAAAAUGUGUAGUUGGAUUGUUAAUCCAACCAGAUUUUGACUAGGUAACUCUACAAUUGUAGUUAGACAUAGCAUGAGUUUUUCCUAUGUUUUUCUUUGAUCUUCGUACAUUUUAGGAUACAUCAUUGUCUGUAAAAGACCUUUUGGCAUGUGGAGACUGUUUUGGGAUGCCUAACAUAUCAGAUAUCAUGGAGAAGAUCUUCAUUUCUCUUUCUUCAGAUUUCAUUUGCCUUUUCAAUAGGUUGACACAUUUCUCUCUCCUCUAGUUUCCUAGAAGAUAAUAAGUUGACACAUUUUCUCUCCAUUCUAUAUUUUGAUUUUUCUUUGGAUAAGUUGACAUAUUGGUAGACACUUUCUUCUUUUUCCUUUUCAUCUGUUUUUGAAAUUAUAUUAUUUUGUUUUGAAACUAAUUUUUUGUUUAGUAAUCUCUUUUGUGAUAAUUUUCUUCACUAUAUUAUGCCCGAAAAUAUAAUGCAACAAUGAAUAUACAAGACCUAAUAACAAUAGUGAAAGAAUGACAUAUUUAUGAAUAAUUUAUAGAUUUUUAAUUUUUUUUGCCAAGAUUUAAAUCUCUAAUCCUACAAUCUUCCCCUUUUGAUGUUAACAAAAUCUUUGGAUAAAAUUACUCAAUCAUAGGUGUUUGAAAGAUUAAAGAUAUUAUCAUGAAAAUAUCUAUGAAAUGAUAAAUUUAUUAAUAUUAUUAUUUUGUUUCAGCAAGUAAUCUAAUUUAUGACUAUUUUCUAGAAAAGGAGAACAAAUAUUCCGUAUGUUUUUUAUGGAUUCAAAAGAUGCAUAUAGAGAAUAUAUAUAUAUAUAUAACACUCUAGAGAGAGAGAGAGAGAGAGAGAGAGAGAGAGAGAGAGAGAGAUAUUAGUGUUCAAAGCCAAUGAAUAGUUUUUAUAGGUUCUAGUUUUGACUUUCUAUGAAGAAAUGAAUACCCUUAGAAUACACAAUAGGAAUGAAUUGAUUAGUUUCAAUGCUCUUGAUUGUGAUGUAACCUUCUAAUUCAAUCAUAUAGCGAAAAUAUGAAUUUAGUAAACAUAACGUAAUGGCAAUGACCUCAACAACCUUUAAUUGAAAUGACCCGACAGUAGAAUUCAAUGUUGACUUGUCAAGAACAUUACUAGUAGUUCACAUGUCUGAUAAACUUAAAUAUCUGAGAUAGUUACACAAAAAUCUAUUGAAAAUGAACUUUGACUAAUUUUUUAACGAAUAUCUAGGUUGGCUUUAAACAUGGACUAUUUGGUGGAGACUUGCGAAACGUUGGUAGAAGGACACUUGACAGUGGGCUGCUGUAGCAGAUGAGGUUAUCCUUUAACUUGUAUGUUCAUUGACCCAACACACGUGACCAACGGGUGUGGUUUCUAUUGUCACAUUCCUAUAGAAAGAAAAAAGGGCCCCACAACGAGAACAUUUGCCAUCAAACAAAUCUUCUAGGGAGAAUAGGUAACACGACUUGUAACCGUUGGCUAAGAGACGUGUAUUGUGUUCUUGUGCCCGUCAAAGCAUCUCAUCAAGAUGGAGGGGCAUUUAUCAUGUUCAUUUGUGAGGUGCAAGGUAGGAACAAGCCACUGAUGACUCUUCCCCAUAAAACGGGUGGUAUGAAAGCCAUGUUAAGAGAUGGCAGGGCCAUUCCCUUUCCUAUUGGUGUGUCCUAGAGUUCAGAUUAUUUAUCCUCUUUGACCAAAAGCUUUCUCACGUCAAAGGAGCAGGAACAUACGACCACGUCGACAAUGCACUGACCUAAGCCCAUUUAUGAAUGAUUUCUUUUAUUAUUGGUUCCUUUUAUUUUUUAUUUCUUUAUUUUGAUUUCUGAACUCCUAUAAAUACUAUCAUAAUCCUAAAUCGAGCAUAGAGAAGAAUUUGGGGAAUUUGCUCUAUGUAGGAGAGCCGUGAGGGCCAACUAUCUACGCUCUAUGAAGGAGAGGCCGUAAGGGUCAGCUGUUUACGGAGUGUGAAGGAGAGGCCCUGAAGGCUGAAAUCCGUUCGCAUCCACCUUCCACCAUUCUUCAGCAGCUUCCUCCGUCCUGUUUCUGCUGCUGCCCAUCCCAAGCUGGUGCCUUUCUGACUUUAUGCCCCUUCCGCCCUUCGCUGUCCUUAGCCAAGCAACCCAUCACUAAUGUCGUCGCUAGUCGCCAGCGUCCAUCAUCCUCCACCGCCUAAUCCCACCACCCUUUUGUCUUCGCCCACUACCAACGAUCGCCAUUUACCCCUACCUAUCAUUAUGAUGGGCCUCUGGCACUCUGCCACGUCCCACGUAAGAACACGAUCCCCUCUGGCAUCAGCAACCACCUGAAGCUAUACGAGGGAGAUUGUGAGCCGGGAGGAUAACGACUCCCUUCUUCUCUAUUAUUUGAUGAAGGUAGAGUGGAAGGAGUGGGGGUGUGAAGUAUCCAAGAGUGCGAGACCGCUCAACAUGUCUCAAGUGCAACAUCCUCUCCCUCAAUUGAAUUAUCGUUGUGUCCUUGAGUCAUGUUCAUUAAAUCUCCUUGAGUCCAGCUUGUUUUGUCCCAUAGUUGAGUCUCUAUAUUUCUCUUUGUUGUGAGUCACGGAUGAGGCUGGCAUCUCAGCGUCUCUAUCACUAGAUACUAUAGCUUGCUGUGUUCUAUAUAUUAUAUACUCAAUUGUUUCUCACAGGCUAAGUCACUAUUCACCUCUCUUCCUCACUCUCUUCUCUUGUCAUUAGCAAUUGUUCACUCUGUCUCCUCUACCAUUGUAAUCAUCGUCGACACUGUUCACGCGGGGUUCUACCAAAUCCUUCCUUCGCCAUCAUUCACUAUCGAUGCCACCGUCUAUCGACACUACUGCCAUCCGCCUUCGGCAUCUGCCACCACCUUUGUUGUUCGCCGCCCUUUCUCUCACUGCCCACUAGUCCUCUUGUUUCGCUUGUCCACUCCUUUACCACCUGUUGCUUCACCCCUAUCGAGUAUACUUUAUUUCCAGCCUGCCAACUAGGGUUAAUCCUUAAUCGGUUCGGAUUCCGGAUCUGACCGGUUCUAUUUCUACUUGGGCCCAACCUGCUCGACCACCUGGUUCGAGCCAACGCACAAUUCCAGUCUGAACCAUCUCUGACUGUUUGAGUUGCACCAGGCCGUCUCGCUGGUCAGAACUAUUCUACAGCUUGGUCUGUUCCAGUCCACUUCAUCUGGUUCAAACUCGUCCACCCAACCGUCAGGCCAGUGCAAUCAACAAAAAAUGACAAUGGUCAAUGGUGAAUUUUCGUCAACAGCCAACGACAAGUCAACUAUUCAUAAUUAGCACCCAGCUUCAACCUAUGUUCCUCCACCAGUUAGUCCUAUUCUGGCAACAUGAUUAUCUCUAAACUCUCUUCCUUUUAUACUUCAGCUCUUUAUUCAUUCAAUAUAUUUUCUUGCGACAUUGUUGUUGAGUGAUCAACUUUCACUUAUAGCUAGCGGUGAGAGUAUGGAGACAACCCACUUGAUUCUCUUCCACAAGGCUACUUAGGCAGCAGUCAAUCAUCCUAAGUCGCACGUGGUUAGUAGUGGGAGCUAUACCAUCCCUUGUGAUAGCUAUCAUUCGGUCAAUGUUCUCUCUCUCUCUCCCUCUCUCUAUCUAUCAUAAGGGGACGAAGAGCGGUGCUGGGCCAUGGUGGAGGAGAGAAGGGUUUGUGUGACGGGGGUGGGGGGCUUCAUUGCCUCUAGCUGGUAAAAUUGCUCCUAUUUGAGCGCUUCACCAUCCAUGGAAUAGUGAGAGACCCAAGUAGGGAGGUCCCUCUAGUCCUUGGUGGCUUCCUACAUUGUCUUCUUGCCAAUUUAUGUGAUUCUUCUGACUUCUGGUUUUAGAGGGCAACACAUUCUUCUCUUGUUCAUUAAGUUUAAGUAAUAUUAACCUUCGACUUAAGGAACUUUUUGCCAGCCUCCACUUAAAGUCUACAUCGUCCUUAUCUUCAUCUCUCUUGCAAAAUGAACCUUUUUACAAACCUUUGAAAUAUGUCUUUGGAUUUCUUUGAAUCAAGCCAGUGAAAAAAGAAAGUUAUUGACUCAAGAGUUUUCUAAGGGUUGUGUACUCAUCUUCAGGUGAGGUGAAGAAUGCCCACUUGAAGAGAAUGAAAAAUUCAGGGAACCUUAAACUUUUCAAAGUAGAUACACUUGACUAUGAAUAUUAGUGCUCACCGUUGUAGGAUACAAAAUAGUUUCCAUGCAGCAUGUUCGGUCCCUAUGGUGAAAGAACCAAACCCCAAGUAACAAUCGCUCAAGUUAGAUUAUUUUUUUUUGCUGUUCACACUCAUAACUAAGAAAUUUUUAGUGUCAGAUAAUUUUUGAGGCAUGCGAACCAUUACUGGUGAGUAUGGUGGUGUUGCAUGUAGAUUGAGCAUUUUCUUUCUUGAACUAUCUUUUCUAACCUUUACUCCAUUGAACUAAGAAAAUUUCAGUGUUAGAUAAUUUUCCAAGCAUACAAACCAUUCUUGGUGGGUAUGAUGGUUUUGCACCUCUUUUUCUUCUAAAAUUCCUUUUUCUUUCUUGUAAGCAAGCUUUCUUGAUUGCAACGAUCACAAAAAAGGCAAGUUUUUUUGUUGAAUGGGAGUUAUGGUUGUACUUCAUUUUUUCAUAUUGAUACAAUGGUUAAGCAAUCAGAUUUUGUGUGGACCAUAUAUGUUUGAUAUAUCGUUGACAUAGAAGGCUAUGCCUCAGUGAGGAACACCAAGAUUAAUCAACUUUUUGUAACAAUUUAUGUAAUCAUCUUUCCUACCUCUAGAUUAUCAUGUAGACAUUUGAGGGAUUGCCUUGAUGGUUCAUGAACAAUGUCAAACUUCCUGACCUUUACAGGUAAAAUGUCCAACCUUUUUACUGGUGAGAAAAGUCAUCCCACAAGUCAGAAAGGUCGAGGAAGGUUGGACAUUUGAAGGAUUGCCUUGAUCUCUCACUUAAUCUUUCUUCUUGCUAUUGCAGGUAGAAAUGAUCCACCCCAUGGUUGAUGGUAUGCUUAAUGUGCUCAAAGCAUCUCCCAAGGCAAACGUUAGACAAGUUGUUAUGGUUUCAUCUCUUGCUGCCAUCCUUAAAAAUAAGAUCAUCGACCCAAAUUGCUCAUUUGGUAAGAUCAUCAAUGAGGACAGUUAGUCUAAUGAGGUAUUUUGUAGAAACAACAAGGUAAGUUAUGAUGCAAUCUACCUUGCUACAUAACCUCUGAGGAGAAGCACUAAAGUUUGUAGUUUAUUUGUUUACUCGGGUUCCAACUAAGACAACUGUUAAAACUCUUUAUGAACUUUGGAGGGACAAUAAACCUACCUUAAAGUAUUUGUAUAUUUGGGAUUGUUCGGCUGAGGCAAGACUUUACAGACCUAAUGAAAGGAAACUUAACUCUAAAUAGUUAGUUGUUACUUUGUUGGAUACCCAAAAAGGUCUAGGGGGUAUAAGUUUUAUAAUCCCACUACUAAAGUUAUUUUUGACACAAACUAUUUAUUUCUUUGAGGAUGUUGAGUUUACAGGGAGAGAUAAGAUUAGAGACAUUGAUUUUGAAGAAGAAUAUGUAAAUAUUUUUUCUUUUGUUAUUGACAAUGAUCUUGACGACAUCAUCUUGACUAACAUUGAUCAAAAAGUAAUUUCAGAUCAAAAUCAUAUAUCAUCAUGCCUCCUAUUUCAGAAAAACAAACUCAACAUAUUUAAGAACCGGUGCCACUAAGAUCUACUAGAGAGAGGAUGAAUACGAUUUCAGAUGAAUAUAUUGUAUUUCUCUUAGAACAUGAGGCUAACAUCGGAGUGAUGGAAGAUGAUCCUAUCAACUUCCAUCAAGACAUUCAAAGCUUCAAUUCUAAUAAUUGGAUCAGUGCUAUGAAUGAGGAGAUUAAAUUUAUAAAGGACAAUGACGUAUGUGAUCUUGUCUCAUUACCCGAAGGCACAAAGCCUAUUAGUUGUAAAUAGAUAUUUAAAAUCAAAAAGGAUUUGAAGGGUAAUUGAUAAGUCUUCAUUAUCAUGAGUUAAUAAUUAGUAAAUAAUAUAGUUUUAGCCUUAACUCAUGAUAAAUAGACUUAUAUUUGUGUUAAAGCAUGAAAAGUGGUUUUCAGUUGAUUAACGUGAAUUUUUGGGUAAUGAUGUGAUUUUAUACGAUUUUUACAGUCUUAGUUUUGAGAUAAACGAAGAACAAGAAAUAAAAAUAAAAAUAUUGCAAAAUAGGGAGACCCGCCGGCCAGCCGGGCCCGCAAGCGGGUCGGAAGCGCAGUCGGGGAGUAGCCGCGAGCAGGGGCUCGAGCACCUUGCUUGGAUCGAUAGGGGGCACGUGUGCGCCACUCCCCUUCCACGUCAUCGGUGGUCAGCCGGCUGUGGGGCAAGGAGUGGUCGUACACGCGAGAGGAUUUUGCCUACAAAGCUAACUUUACUAUAUAUUCGCCCGAAUAAUCCGCGCACAACCGAUGUGGGACUAAACCCGCGUCACACCUUCUUCAGGGGCGGGCGACCGCCGCGGGUUCGAAUCCUCCCAGAGUCAAAAUUCAUAUAUUUUUAACUGAUUAUCGCGACUUUCCUGCAGAUCGCCGGUGAAGGAUUAAGCAACCGGAAUCGCUGGAUCAUCGGCGAAAAUCUCGUCAACGCGAUUCGCGGAGCAUUGCUACUAAAAGUUCUGAACGAUUCGCGAUAAAAGGAUCGCAAUCCAUCGAGUAAAUCAUCUCCGAUUGAUCGACGAACAAGCCGUCGUCGGGAAGAGGACGAUCCGCCGGGAGACCAGUCGCCACCUCCUGAGAGCGUACCAGAUGCGAUGAAGAGCCUCCUCUUGCUGCGCGGACCUGAGGAUGAAGCUCCCUAACACGCGCCUCACCUCCAUCCAGCCCCUCUCCGUCGGGUGACAGCCGCCGGAGAGCCGCAAAGUCGCCGUUUUUCCGCUCCGCCGGGUGACAGCCGCCGGAGACGAUUCGACGACCCACUUCAUUGGUCUCUAGACUUCGCGAGAAGAUCUAGAGAUUGCCCACGUCGUCUUUGUCCAAGGAGAGCCUUCGAGGCCGUGGACACUGCACGACGACCCUCCCGAACGCUCAGGAUUCCGGUGCAUCGCCGACGCGUCGCCGUCGCGACGCCGGAACUCUGUUUUCCUGCUUUAUCUAGAGAUUUCCCACGUCGUCUUUGUCCAAGGAGAGCCUUCGAGGCCGUGGACACUGCACGACGAUCCUCCCGAACGCUCAGGAUUCCGGUGCAUCGCCGACGCAUCGCCGUCGCGACGCCGGAACUCUGUUUUCCUGCUUUCAAUUUAAUUUACGCUUCAUUUAGUGAUACUUUGUUGAUUUUUAUUUACCAAACUAUACUUCGUUCAACUACGAUUCUUCCGGCUUUUACAGAUCUUAAUUUGAUUAAUUGAGUCGUCUGUAAUCGCCUACGUAAGAAUCGCCGGGCGGAACUCUGUUUCCGCCUGAUUCGCGUUCGCCGGGCGCUGACGUCAUCCUGACGUCCGCACCCUUAUUUCCUUUUUUUUGUGAAUUUUAAAUAUAUUUCCUUUUUAUUUCCUAGUAUAAAAUUCGUAAGAAAAUCGUACUCAUUGAGAAAAAUUCUGAAUAAUUACCAGAUAUUAUAUUACAUCCCUGUGAUCGACUUGGAAAAUUACCGCUAUUUUUGGAAUUUUUAUUGAAUUAUAAUUGAUAUAUUUAUUUAGAAAUACUUCUAAAUAUCCGAAAAUUCGUAUUUUCUAGUUUUAUAAAUUUUAUAUUUGCGUGAUUUAACAUACAACGACUGAGUCACGUCAGUAAUGUAGAAAGAUAUAAAGCUCGUCUUGUUGCUAAGGGAUUCACUCAAAGAGAAGGCAUUGAUUAUAUAGAGACUUUCUCUCAUGUUUCAUCAAAACUCUUUUAGAAUAAUAAUGGCACUAGUAGCUCAUUUUGAUCUUGAGUUGCAUUAGAUGGACAUAAAGACUGCAUUUCUCAAUUGUGAUAUUGAUGAAACGAUAUAUAUGGUGCAACUAGAAAACUGUCUAGAGAUCCAAAGAAAAUAGUUUACAAAUUAAAGAAGUCCAUCUAUAGGUUAAAACAAGCUUCUCAUUAAUGGUAUCACAAUUUCAUCAAGUUAUCAUCUCAUCUAGCUUUGAGAUGAAUAUAUAUGAUGAAUGUGUAUAUCAAAAGUUUAGUGGGAGUAACAUAUAUUUCUUGUUUUAUAUGUCCAUGACAUAUUACUUGCCAACAAUAAUAUAGGCUUACUUUAUGACACCAAAAGAUUUUUGUCAAGGAAUUUUGAGAUAAAGGAUCUCGGUGAAGCCUCUUAUGUAUUGGGUAUUGAGAUAUACCAAGAUCGACCUUGAAAUAUCUUACGGUUGUCACAAAAGAGCUAUAUCGAGAAAGUUCUUGUGAGAUUUGGUAUGCAAAGAUGUAAAUCUUAUGAUACCCCUAUUGUUAAAGUAG